ACAUUACACUGGAUGAAACCCAUGUUGCCAACAUUUCAGACGACUGACAUUAUUUUUCAAAAUAGUGCCAAUGACAAGAGUCAAUUUUGAAAUUGUUGCUAGUAUUCGUAAAUUCGUUGAGGUGGUUAGAUGUUUCAGUUAAAAUAUUGUAAAACAGAAAGGACAAAAUUGUGAAUGAAAAGUUUUGAUUGAAAAACAAUUCAGCAAAAAAAUCUGUGUUCCGGUUUAGUAAACUAUUUGCCACUAGCUAAACGAACAAUUAAAGUAAGCAAAAUGAAUUGGUAUGUUAUGAUACAAACGACAAUGCUCAUUACACUGUACGUAUCGCAUUGUUUAAGUGCACCUCCAAUAACUGACAGCCGAAUCAGAAGAUUGAUUAGACAGAUAUUCUACAUUCCGCCUCCGGGCGAAGUUUUUACGUCGCUUCCAAACAAAACAUCCAUAGAAUCAAACGAUUGUCUAUCUGGUGUUUGCGUUCCGAGCCAUCUUUGUGUCAAUGGUACCGUACUGACAAGUGGCGCUAAUUUACUGAUUCCAAGACUGGGAUUGGACGAUGACGUUGAUACAACCAAAUCUUGUGCCGAAUCGGAAGUAUGCUGUAAACUGAUCGAUGACGACAACAAAAAGGACACAAACAUCAAUAAUGAAAUCAAUGACGAAAUUUCGGACACAACUACAGAUGCAUUAGACGAUAAAGAUGAUGAUGACUUCGAAAUCAUUGAUAACUGGAGUCCUAAAUGUGGCCUUCGCAAUUCAAAUCACCUUCAACCACGAACUUCUGGAGACGACGGUAAAGCUCAUGAAAUGGAAUUUCCUUGGAUGGUGAUGGUAAUGAAGAGAACGCCUAAAUCCACAUUUUAUGAUUAUCAAUGCGGUGGCAGCCUUAUUCAUCCAUCUGUAGUGCUAACCGCUGCACAUUGUGUGUCAAAAGUGAAUCCUAAAUUUUUACAUGUAAGAGCUGGUGAAUGGGAUAUGAGAAAUACUGACGAGCUACUGCCGCAUCAAGAUCGUAAAAUUCAAUCUGUUGUUGUUCAUCGCGACUUCUUCAAACCAACGUUGUUGAAUGACAUUGCAAUGUUGAUCCUCAAAGCACCGGUUGAUUUAGCAGACAACGUUAACACAAUUUGUGUUCCACCACCGAAUCAUUCAUUCGACAACGAACGUUGCUUCGUUACUGGUUGGGGUAAAAAUGAAAGAGGCCGUCGGGGUAAAUAUCAAACUACACUGAAGAAAAUUUCUUUACCCAUUGUCCCACACGACCAAUGUCAGGAUCUGUUCCGCAAGACCAUUUUGGGAAAAUAUUUUCGUUUGGACAGUAAAUUCAUUUGUGCAGGCGGAGAGUUAGGCAUAGACACGUGCGACGGCGAUGGUGGAUCACCGCUUUUUUGUAAAAUUCCAAAUUCAGUCGACUCUUAUUACCAAUCGGGAAUCGUAUCGUGGGGUAUAGGCUGUAAGCAAUCAAACAUUCCAGCUGCAUACGUUGAUGUGAGUCGGUAUAGAGACUGGAUUGACAAAGUGAUGAAUCGGAUGAAUUUAGACAGAAAUUUUUACAUUUAUGAGAUGUAAUGUUACGGUAAUAAGGAAAAUUUGGAAAAUUUUUUGAAACAAAAAAUUUGUGUGUAAAUAUAGUUUUUGGAUAAAAAAUAAAAGAAAA